AUGUCAGCCAUGCAAGAUGGACAAUGGACGGAACAUUACCCGAUUUCGGCUCUGAAUAAUUCAGCGCCAAUCGAAUUUAUUAUUCCUCCACAAACGGAAAAAUGGACAGAUUCGAAUCAGUCCUAUUUGUACAUCAAAUUCAAAGUGACUAAGGCUGAUGGAACAGACCUGGAGGCUGCCACUGAAACUUCUGUGCCGAAGGAAAAAAAUGAUAUCCGGCGAUUAGGAUUCAACGUGAGGACGGUUGAUUUGCUUCCUGUGGUGGCCAACGAUUUGAAUCAGGCCAUUAGCCAGCAUAACAUGAAGAUCCCAAUACGACGCGCUGUAGUGAAAACAUUCACGAUCCCCGAUGGACAGAGAUCUAAAAUUGAUGAUCAUUUGUUUCUUGGACAACUUCCAAAACGACUCAUCAUUGGUAUGGUGAGAAAUGCAGAUAUGAAUGGAGAUCCUGCCACCAACCCGUUUGAUUUCGGACAUUUCCAAUUGUCUAAACUAGAAGUCAGUAUCGACAUUCACAACAAAGCCUUCCAACCAGAUUUUGAAAAUGGAGAAUGUAUGCGAUCCUGCAUGUCACUCUACCAGGCAACAGGACCUCUCGGACUCAACAGGUCGAUUGGAUUGGCUAUGACAGAAUAUAAAAGUGGCUACACUCUCUGGGGAUUUGAUCUCACCGCAGAUCAAGCUUGUGAGGAAGGUCAACUUCAGCCUAUAAAAACGGGGAACCUGAGAAUAGAUCUUCAGUUUGCACAACAACUUCCUAGCGUCGUUAACGUGAUAGUGUACGCAGAAUUUGACAAUCAAAUUGAAAUCAACGGUAUGAGAGAAGUCGUCACAGAUUAUUAA